AUGAAGGUUCCGUAUCGCAUUGGUGUGAAUUCGGUUCCACCGUCCACGAGUUCUCUGGGCCCAUUUGUGAAUACCGUGAUGCCUAUGUUAUUUUUGUUAUGUCUUUAUGUCCAGCCGUCGAAACAAAGUGCCAGCGCGCCGGAAGCUGACAUCGGGCAUCACGUCUUUGGCUUUAUCCCUUUCUUCUGGGAAUUGGAGGUUGUAAUUGUUGAGUAUGAGCGGGGAGGACGGCUCAGGAUUCGUCGGCAACACCUACAGUCGGCGAUGUUAGACAUAUUAUCUACGAGCAACAUCUUUUCUUUUUGA